AUGUUCGGCACCUUCAGGUACGACAAGACUCGGGAGAGUGCAACCUCGUUGGCGGAACGCAAACGCACCCGGGAUAGGCAGGCACAGCAAAAGCUCCGCGAGAGGAGGAUCGAACGCAUCCAGAGGCUGGAGGAGCAAGUGGCCCUGUGUGAACAACGCCAUGGCCAAGCGAUGCUGGAACCGCUGCUGGAACGGGUGGGGGAUCUCGAGCUCGAAAACAAAACCUUGAACGAGAGAUGGCAGAAGCUGUUCCAGGCGUUCAGCUCAGCUCGCCAUCUGCUGACGCAAGCGGCGGACCUGCUGGGAGAACACAUGGUGAACGGGCCUCCGUUGACGCAGGACGCCUCCCAACAUGUCGCUGUUGGCGAGGACGGGGCAAUAGGUGACAAUCUGGCCAUGGCGCCGUCGAUAACGGUGCCCAACGGCGCGUCCGCGAGCCUCCUCCAGUUGACGGACUUGAUUUGUGCUCCUUCUACCUUGCCUCUGCUUAGCCAUGGCCCCGACUCCGACGGCGCAACCGACCUGGUGGUGAACCCCGGUUCCAACCCCUGCUCGGGUCACGUUGCUCCGGACAAUGCCGACUCCAGGAUCCUUGAAUUCACCCCAACCUCCAUCGAACGGUGGCGCGCCUCGUUCAUCGAGAGCUGUGACAGCUCCUCCGGCCCGCUGGUGGGGGAACCGGGCGGUGUUCCGGACCAAGAGGGCUCCGUGUUCCAAGCCGCGCAACGCCCUACGCCCAAGGAGAGUGAGUUGACGAGAGCCAGCGGGCCCGACUUCCGCCAGGACCGUCUCAGCGGAGUAGGCUCGAUGCUGAUGCCCAUGCUCGGCCCGCCGUGGGCGUCACUGCCAAACAGCGGCCUGGAAGAUAGCCUCAAUCGAGAGUUUUUGCCCUGGUUCAUGCACCCACAGGCCAUCGUCGCAUCGCCCCGGCUUCCAGAUCCCUCCCACCUCCUGUUCGGCUCGAAGACCAACUUCCUCGCCGAUGAGGUCCACACAGCCCUCCGCAAGUCCCGCGUUGCAGAGCCUGAACGUCUGGCCAAAGGCUGGCUGAUCUACGUCUACAGCAAAUGGCGCGUGUGUCCGACCAAGGAGAGCUUCGAGCUCAUCCCUGCCUUCAUGCGGCCGACCCGGGAGCAGCUGGUCUUCCCCCACCAGGCCAUCUUUGACCUGAUCACCUGGCCCGCGAUCCGCCUUGCCUUGAUCCGCCAGGGAACUCCGAAUGGCGGCUUCGCCGAGAUCUUCAGCGCCAUGGCUUGUUGCGCCAAGGUCCGCUGGCCCUGGGGGAAGGAGAUAUUGGAGACCAGUGAAACGAACGAGCUGAGCAUCCGGCCCGACUUUUUCCAGGUUUUUACGCAGCUCGAAGGCUGGGGCCUAACCUCGGAAUUCAUCCGCAGCUACGGCCACUUGUUGGAGGACAUGGAUCCUGAAUCUUAUGUCUACAAUGUCCUGUAA